CAAAGAAAGAGAUGCCCGACUCUCGAGUGGUGUCUGUCUGUUUCUGCUUGGCUACAGAAAGAUGUCAACCCGCAAUCCCGCCCACUUCGCUUUUCCUGGCGAGCGUAUCGGGCUGCAUCCCUGAGCCGAAUUGUAACAAUGGCCUUCCUUGGUCUGGGCGGUUUAGAUUUUUGAUCAGUCGGGGCUGGAUUGCGAAGCACUCACUAAUUCUGGUACAAUACAUGAGGUGGUAAUUAAUUUGUCUGUCCAUAUACUUCCGGCGUGGAGCAUCUUUGGGUACCCCUUCCUUUCUACCGUCGAUCAGAGCUAACUGUCUCUUCCUCUCUUGUCUCUUUCGUUUCUCAUUCUUUCUUCUCCCCGUCUACCUUGUCGCUUAUCGCUUUGAAGUCCUUACUGGGCAAACCCUUCCUUGGCUUCUCACCCAGUCGUUAAUAGAUCUUGCACAUAUUCCUUCGUUUCAUCUAUCUGCUGCUGACAUCUUUGUAGGUGGCUGCAACCCUAGGCAAGCCAGUCCCUUUUCCGGUACUCGCUUGCCGGUUGCAUUCUUGGCGCGUCGUUCACAACCACUCCCUGUCUCCCUCUUUUAUCCCUACGACCUUCGCUCUAGAACCACCCUUGUCAUCGAUCUUGCUCCUCCCUCUCUUUCCUCCUUCACAUCACCGUCCCGACAGUGAGGGAGUUAGCAAGACGUCUUGACAUAGACUAUUUCCUAGUUGGUGGUUGAGAACGCUUCUAUUACAAGACGUCGACGGAAUCGUUGGUCAAAGGGCAGUUUAUCUGCCCUUCUUUCAUUCUUUCCAGGUUGAUCCUCGGCCCGUAUUGUUCUAUUCUAAACAUUUUGAUUGUUCACUGUUCUUUUUUGCCAUUUUGGCCCCUCGUUUGUUUCUCUUCAUUGUUUGGUAAUUCUUUUUUUCUUUUCUUUGCGCGUGGCCGACUAGUCUCGAGUCACCCAUAUACUUGAAGCAUUUCUUAUUAUUUGCUUUACAUUUGGAACUCGACCGGAUCGAUCUCAUGACCAGCAACGCAUCACAUUUCAGAUAAACCAGAAUCCUUUUCUUCGGAGAACGCAAAACAACAGCAAAAUCGAACAUAAUCCUUCGGCACAUAUUUGAUAUCAGCUCAGGCCAUUCGAUCCGACAGUUACAGAAACAAACCGAUAUCGUUAUGGCGCGAUACGGUGGAGGAAAGGGGCCAUGGCAUCGGCUCGCCGCCGGUGCCCUUGGUAUCAUUGCAUUGGCACUGCAAGGCGUUGCGGCCGAGGACAUUCUCAAAACUAGCGGCUUCAGCAACUGCGGAACCACCGCUACCGUGGAGGUCAAGAAGAUGGAAAUCACUUACAACGCCUCGAACAAGACUGUCGUCUUCGACAUCAGCGGGACGAGCAGCAAAAUACAGAACGUGACGGCCUCUCUGGACGUGACGGCUUAUGGCCAGAGCGUCUUUUCCAACAAGUUCAACCCUUGCUCUGCUGCCACCUUUGUAUCCCAAUUGUGCCCAGUUCCUGCUGGCACCUUCUCCGCACGAGGUUCGCAAGUUAUUCCAGCUCAGUUUGCCGAUGCCGUUCCCGCGAUCGCUUUCCAGGUCCCCGAUAUCGCCGCCCUCGCCACUCUCGAACUCAAGUCCUUGGACUCUGGAUCAAAUGUGGCGUGUAUCAGGUCCCAGGUGUCCAACGGCAAGACGGCCAAUGUUCCCGCGGUUUCGUAUGUUGCCGCUAGCGUAGCCGGUGCGGCUCUUGUCAUGACUGGAGUCUCCGCUAUGGGUGCCGCAGUUGCAGGUGGAAGUGGUGCCGCAGCCGGCGGCAGUGCGGCCGGGUUCGGGACUGUCAGUCCCAGCUUCACCGAGGUUUUUGGAUGGUUCCAAGGUCUGGCAAUGGAUGGCAUGCUCUCGGUUGCCUACCCGCAGGUCUACAGGAGCUUUUCUAAAAACUUUGCCUUCUCGACCGGUCUCGUCCCCUGGACCCAACUCCAGGUUGCCAUUGACGACUUUCGCGGCAUGACCGGCGGCAACCUUACCGCCGACAGCGUCGAGGCCCUGCGCAACACCACGCUGGUUUUCGAUGACGGAUCGAUCCAGGCUCCGCACAGCAACGUGGUCAAGGUAAAGCGAGCGUUUGAUGACCUUGUCAUGCUUGCGGCCAGGCAGAUUGAGACGAGCAUCAACACCACCGCCCCGGCAUCGGGCCAAGAAAACUCUGGCAUGCCCGACAACCUCCGCACAACCGUCACUGGAAUUCAGGCCUACGUCAACCAGCUUUCUAUUCCUUCCGCGAACACCUUCAUGACGGUUCUUUUGAUUGUGGCUAUUGCCAUUGUUGCCAUCGCCGUCGGCAUCCUGCUGUUCAAGCUGAUUCUUGAGUUCUGGGCUCUCUUUGGAAACUUUCCCAAGUCGCUGAUUGGGUUUCGCGAGCACUAUUGGGGCUCAAUUGCGCGCGCCAUCACCUCGCUCAUCCUGUUGCUCUAUGGAGUCUGGGUGCUGUACUGCAUAUUCCAGUUCACACACGGAGAUUCUUGGGCUGCCAAGACGCUUGCCGGAGUGACACUGGCACUAUUCACCGGUGUGCUACUGUUCUUCUCUUUCAAGAUCUGGUACACUGCUCGCCAGCUCAAGCAGGCAGAAGGUAGCGCCAGCGGACUUUACGACCAGAAGAGCAUCUGGGUCAAGUACAGCAUGUUCUACGAGUCGUACAAGAAGGACUACUGGUGGUUGUUUGUGCCGACAAUCGUCUACCUUUUUGCAAAGGGCGUCUGUAUUGCUAUGGGGGAUGGACAUGGGAGGGUCCAGACCAUCUCUCUGCUCUGUAUCGAGGCUGUCAUGCUUGCCAUGCUCCUCUGGAACCGACCAUACGAGCGGAAAUCCGGCAACAUUAUCAAUGUCAUCAUCGCCGUUGUCCGCGUGCUCUCAGUCGUGGUCAUCUUGGUAUUUGUCCAGGAGUUUGGUGUAACGCAAACGACACAGACGGUGGCUGGUGUCGUCCUUAUUGUCAUCCAAUCUACUUUGACCGGUGUUUUGGCAAUUCUCAUUGCUUGGAAUGCCAUAAUUGCCUGCUGCAAGGCCAACCCCCAUCGUAAGCGGAGAAAGGAGCUCGAGAAAAUGCGCGAUGCCGACACACUGACGCCCCUUGACGCGCGCAACUCCCUUCUCCUGGACCGGCCCAAGACGGAAGGCAAGGAUUCAUCUGCUACGUUUGCCGUUGCCAACACGGCCUUGGACGAAAAGUCGGCACUUGCACCGCCACGUGCCAUGCCGGAAAGGCACCUCAGCCCUGGGCCUCGAAGCCCAUACCCCAGUGAGAGACAACCUGCGGGUUCUGGAGACACAUUCCGGGCCGACACUUUUAGGCCUCUCACACCGCAGUCCCAGUACGAUGACAAGGAGACUCUUCUGGGGGGAGCCGCACCGAUAGGGACGGCAGAAAGCAGGCAGCCUACAUUGCCCGCGCUUGGCGGUGGCUACGGUGCCCCUCGGCCGACAAACAACUAUAACCCGAGCAACUACGUACCGUCGGACUACGGAGGCGGCUAUGGAGGCGGCUACAACCAGGGCGCCGAUUACAACAACAACGGCUAUGGCUAUGGACCGCGCGGUGGCUACUAGAACUAGUUGUGUGCCGGGACUGGUGCAUGGGGUUGGAACCAAGCCAUGUUGAGGCUUAUUCUUUUCCUAGUCUCUUUUGGUAUUUUGUAUGAUGCCAUCUUUUAACAGCGAGCACUCAUUGUUGAAUAUGGUGUGUGUAUUUUUAGCCAUUCGUUCAUUACGUACAAGCAUACCCCUCACGACGAGAGAACCUAUCUACUUGGACUACAUAAGAUACCUAACAAUUUCUUUUUUACUGUACAGACCCACUGCUCCUGUGUUUUCUGAUAUGGUGUCAAUGUCAGGUCUCGGCUCGGAUCUUUGUUUGUCUUGGUUUGCGGACGAAUGUCAGGAGGCAUUUGUUCUAUGCUUAGUAUUGCUCGCAAUCGAAAUUUGCAUUGUUAUCUGCCACAUGCGUACAGUAUGAACAAGUAUGCGGGGUCGCGAGUCGCCAUAUCC